AUGAUGUCCAUGAACAGCAAGCAGGCGCACUUCGCCAUGCAUCCUUCCUUGCCGGAGCACAAGUACACCAGCUUGCACUCCAGCUCCGAGGCGAUACGCAGAGCCUGCCUCCAAACGCCGCAGCUGCAGAGCAACAUCUUCGCCAGCCUGGAUGAGACCCUGCUGGCGCGCGCCGAGGCUCUGGCGGCGGUGGACAUCGCGGUGUCGCAGGGCAAGACGCAUCCGUUCAAGCCGGACGCCACCUACCACACCAUGAGCACCGUGCCGUGCGCCUCCAACUCCACCGUGCCGCUGGCGCACCACCACCACCACCACCAUCACCACCACCACCCGAAUCUGGAGCCGCCGGACUUAAUGGAGCACAUCAGCGCGCCGUCGCUGGCGCUCAUGCACGACGGCGGCGGCGGAGGCGGUGGAAACGGCGCGUCGUCCGCCUCCGCGCACCAGCCGCACAUGCACGGCCUGAGCCACCUGUCGCACCAGGCGGCCAUGAGCAUGAACUCGCCGCUGACGCACCACGGCCUGCUGCCGGGCCACCACCACCACCACCCGCACGCGCACCCGCACGGCGGCCAGGCGGGGCUGGCGUCCGUCAGCGACGCGGACACGGACCCGCGCGAGCUGGAGGCCUUCGCCGAGCGCUUCAAGCAGCGGCGCAUCAAGCUCGGCGUGACGCAGGCGGACGUGGGCGGCGCGCUGGCCAACCUGAAGAUCCCCGGCGUGGGCUCGCUCAGCCAGAGCACCAUUUGCCGCUUCGAGUCGCUGACGCUGUCGCACAACAACAUGAUCGCGCUCAAGCCCAUCCUGCAGGCCUGGCUGGAGGAGGCGGAGGGCGCGCAGCGGGACAAGAUGAGCAAGCCGGACGUUUUCAGCGGCGGCGAGAAGAAGCGCAAGAGGACGUCCAUUGCCGCGCCCGAGAAGCGCUCGCUGGAGGCCUACUUCGCCGUGCAGCCGAGGCCAUCCUCCGAGAAGAUCGCCGCCAUCGCAGAGAAGUUGGACUUGAAAAAAAACGUGGUGCGGGUUUGGUUUUGCAACCAGAGACAGAAACAGAAACGCUUGAAAUUCUCCGCGGCGCACUGAAGGGACGCCCGGGGACUUCCGGUGACUCAAUGUGGGACCAAUGGACCGUCACGCACACACACACACACACACACACACCAUGGUGCGCAUUCUUUAAUAUUCAUAUUUAAUAAUGGAUUCAUAUUUUCGUUUCAUGAAUGAGAAUUGGAAAAAAUGGUUUUAUUUUGAAAUAGGAAAAAUAUAUAUAUUUUUUAAAACAGCUGAUUUUUCAGUGUCGAAGGCAAAAAAAAGUAGAUAAAAAAAGAAAGAAAAAAAUUUGACUUUUCGUAUAAAAAAAAACGGGCCACGCCGGAACCGGAAGUUGAAAUCCAGAUUAGUAAUCGACGUUUUUCGUUUGAGCCAUGAAAAUUGAAAAUAUUAGAUUUUUGAAAUACAAAGAAAUUGUAAAGAAACGAAACAAAAGCUUUCUUU